ACAGCAUCUCCUUUCUACUCCCCCUCUGUUUCCGACGAAAAGUAAGCCCUUGCUCGCCCACCGCCCAGGAUCUGCAAGCUACGUGCCCACGAGCUCCAGCACCCACUUGGACUUUCACGAUCAGAGAUGGCAGCAAAGGCAUCAACAUCAAAAGCUGCUGAGUCUUGGUAUUCUCAUCCAGUGUAUGCAAGAUACUGGCAACAUUAUCAUCAAGCAAUGUCUUGGAUGCGAAGCCACCAGAAUGCCUACAGGAAGGCCAUGGAAUUCUAUUUCAGUCUUUCAAGUUACUUCCCUCCUGAGUUUCUUCCCCAAAGCUCGUAUGAUAAUGAGGCUGGAUAUCCUCAGUCCUUCUGUGACCAAAUGGCCUGGGAAGACUCGCACUGCAGUUCUUCACAUUUCAGAAUGUCUGGGCAGUAUCCAUGUGACAACAGUAGGAUCCAGGCAUCCAAAAGAGAAGACCAAGCUCUGUCUGAAGAGGAAGAGAUGGAGACAGAGUCAGAUGAGGAAAUAGAAUGUGACCUGAGCAAUAUGGAAAUCACCGAGGAACUCCGCCAGUACUUUGCACAGACCGAGAAGCACAGAGAAGAACGACGGCGGCAGCAGCAACUGGAUGCAAAACGCCUGAGUGACUAUGUGAAUGCUGACCACGACCUGUAUCACACCCGCCGGUCAGUGGAGCCCCCAACUGAGAGGCCUGGUGAGCGGCGCCAGGCCGAGAUGAAGCGCUUGUAUGGGGACAGUGCUGCCAAGAUCCAAGCCAUGGAGGCCGCGGUGCAGCUGAGCUUUGACAAGCGCUGUGACAGAAAGAAGCCCAAGUACUGGCCGGUCAUCCCCCUGAAGUUCUAGGCACUGGGCACGGGGACCCCUGGAGUGCUUCCUCACAGGGUCUCCUGCCUCAGCCCCUUCCUUUUGGAUGCAUCCUUUUCAUUUCUUCUUCUGUACCUUUCUCAGGAAAAGGGAACCUUAUACCUAGGUACAAGCAUGUUACCAAAGUCCCAGUGUGCCCUUCACAGGGUAAAUGUAUUGUGCCAGCCACUCAGAGGUUGGCAGGAUGUAUACUGUUGCCAACAUGAGUCUCCUGACAUAAAAUGAUAAUUGUGUGUAUAUUACACUCAUUUUUGAUGUUGUUGAUAACAGUGUUCAUUCAGUUCAUUAAAGUUCUUCCCUAGAGAUA